UUUUUUCUUUUUUUCUUUGAACAAAUCCAUUAUGUUUUGUGUGACUAAUAUUAAACUAAAUAAAUAAAGAGGAGAAAAGCUAUGUGAGUAUUUUCCCUAUUUUUCAAAGAGAAAGUUAGUGUUACAAAAAAAAAAGUAAGUGGAAAAAGUGGAAUCGGGCGGCCAAGUGAAGACAUUCUCUGUCGCCCACCCAAACACCACAAAGAAAAAAAAAAGGCGUGCCUCACUUUAUCUCUUUCGUUUUAUCUCCACACGCGUCUCCUUGCGUUUGUCUCACUCGCUUUACCCUAAUCACUCCACUACAACUUUACUAGAAGACCAAGUCUACUAGAAGACCAAGUUUGAUCUCCAUAUAUCAGUAACAAAUAAUGUAAAUUAACUGAACACCAAUAAGACGAGGCUAUCUAUAAGAGCUUAAAACAAAACAAAAAAUUGGUAUACAUUAUAGUGAAUUCAAUAUAUUAAUAAAAUUUUAUUUUCCUUUUGAUCCUAGAAUACUUCAUGUUUUAAACAUUUAAAAUUUAGUUUACUUCUACCUUUCUUAAUUCUAACUUCCGUUCAUAAUAUUCAAUUUUAAAGUACCUAAUAUCAAUUACUCUCUAGUCUCUAGCAUUAGAAAAUAAAAUUUGAUUUUGGUUUUUUUGAAGCAGAUGAGAGUUGAUGUAUGUCUUCACUCUUCAAAAUGAGAGUAGACUUGUAUAAGCCCCACGUACGAAUCAAAGCGCGUGCUAUAGUGCAAAGACAGUCACACGGGUGUGGAGGGAUUACCUGCUAAAUCGGUCGAUUAGAUGAAACUGUGGGUCACUUAUUACAUCCGCAACUCCAUUAUCAUGUUGUCAUGUUAUGCUAUUUUACUUAUUUUAAUACAUAAUUUUUUUGGAGCAAAAUUUUAAUACAUAAUUUUUAAUAUCUUUCUUAUAUCAUGAAAACACAAAAAAUUCCCAGGACAAAUUUUGGAAAUAGUUACUUAUUGUAUCUUAGGAUGUCCUGCCCAAGUGCCCAUACAUUUUUCUGAGCACACACACGCACACCCAUACAUAUGUAAAUUAUUACAGUAGAUCUGGUCAGACAUAAUAACAUUUAAAGUCCUCUAAAGUUUGAACAAAACUUUGUCCAAAAAAAUGCUUAACUAUUUUGUAACCGUAAGCCUUUCUUUCCACCUUAACUAAAUUCCAAAUUUUGUAACCAACAUACACCUAUUGGGAAAUGAAAUUUAACAGGAUCUUCUGAAUUUAGUGGAUAUGUUAGGUUAUUUCCCUUUUAGAUUCUUAUUAUUUUCUGUAAUCAAAACAAAUUGAUUGAUUAGCUUAGAAAUUUAGUAGGUAUAACAUACAAAAUCAGCAACUUGUUUCAGUCACAAAAAAAAAGACAAAUAGUUACAUGCAUGAACUGUAAUCCAGAAACUUAUCCCCCAGAAGAAGCUGUAAUCUAAAAACAAUAAAUACAUCUUAAUGAGACUAUUUCUUUAAAAACUUGUGGAAUUUCAUUCCCCUCAAGGAACUUGCUCUUUUGAUCAUUAUAAAAAGACAUUUUGAAAAAAUGAAUGAGAUAGGGAGAGAAUCAAUCUAUUAUAAUAUUUUUUCCCAAAAGCAAAAAAAAAAGAAGAAGACUAAAACAAAUUGCGUAUAAACAGUCAGCAAAACAGCGACGUCAUUACCUUUUGAAAGUUCCCAGUUUUGACUUUUGACCUAAACCAUUCCUAUAAAAAACAGAACAAAAGGAAAGUACAUAAAAACUUAUAUAUAUAAAUAAUUAAAGAAAUUGUUCAAAAAAAAAAAAAAAAAAAAAAAAAAAAUAAUUAAAGAAAAGUAGACCAAGAGAAAGGUAGACGAAAGAAAGAGCGCACCUUCCUCCUCUCCUUCUUCGCAACGAAGCUCUCUCUUUUAAAAGGAGCCUUUACAUUUUCUCUACGGUUCCUUCUUCAGAAACCCCAAUCACUUCUCCUACUCCAUCUCAAAACCUCAAAGUCUAAAACCUUUUCUUCUCUUGUUCCUCCAAAACUCUAUCUUCUUCUCUAGAAAAGAUGUGUGGCUCAGAGAGCAAACUCUGCUCCUCAAGAACCUUAACAGAAGCUGAGUCCAUGAGACAGAAAUCACAAGAGGGUGUAGCCGCCGCCACGUGUCUUCUUGAACUCGCCGCAUGCGAUGAUCUUCCCUCCUUCAGGAGAGAGAUCGAGGAGAACUCGUUGGAUAUCAACGAACCGGGCUUUUGGUACUGCAGACGGGUCGGGUCGAAGAAGAUGGGUUUUCAAGAAAGAACACCUCUCAUGGUUGCUGCUAUGUACGGAAGCAUCGAAGUUCUAACUUACAUAAUCUCCACUGGAAGAUCCGACGUGAACAAAGUUUCCAGCGACGAGAAAGUCACUGCUCUUCACUGUGCUGUUUCCGCCUGUUCUGUCUCUAUCGUUCAAGUCAUCAGGAUCUUGCUUGAUGCCUCCGCUUCACCUAAUACCCUUGACGGUAACGGGAACAAACCGGUUGAUCUUUUGGUCAAAGCUUCCCGGUUUAUACCUAACCAGACAAGAAAAGCUGUUGAGAUUCUCUUAACCGGAACUCACGGUUUGGUUGGUUUGAUGGAAGAGGAGGAAGAGGAGGAAGUGAAGAGUGUUGUGUCUAAGUAUCCAGCAGAUGCGUCCCUUCCCGACAUCAACGAAGGUGUAUACGGAACAGACGAGUUUAGGAUGUUUAGCUUCAAGGUCAAGCCAUGUUCUAGGGCUUACUCGCACGAUUGGACCGAGUGUCCCUUCGUUCAUCCUGGCGAGAACGCGAGGAGGAGAGAUCCGAGGAAGUAUCCUUACACGUGCGUCCCUUGUCCCGAGUUUCGUAAAGGGUCUUGUCCUAAAGGAGACUCAUGCGAGUAUGCUCACGGUGUUUUUGAGUCUUGGCUUCACCCUGGUCAGUACAGGACACGGCUUUGUAAAGACGAGACCGGUUGCGCGAGGAGAGUUUGUUUCUUCGCUCAUAGGAGGGAUGAGCUGAGACCGGUUAAUGCUUCUACUGGUUCGGCUAUGGUUUCGCCUCAGUCGCCGAUGAGCUCUCCUAUGGGUGAUAAUGGUGUUCCUUUGUCUCCAAGAAACGUUGGUUUAUGGCAGAACACACCGCCACCUUUGCAGCUUAACGGUAGUAGAUUGAAGUCUAGUUUGAGUGCUAGAGAUAUGGAUGUGGAGAUGGAACUUAGGCUCCGUGGUUUCGAUGGUCAUAGGCUCAAUGACUCUGUGAUGUCUCCAAGCAGGCACUCUCAGAUGAACCAUUACCCUUCUUCUCCUGUGAGGCAAGCACCUCCUCAGAGGUUUGAGUCUUCAGCAGCUAUGGCAGCUGCGGUGAUGAACGCGAGAUCAUCAGCGUUUGCUAAACGCAGUUUGAGUUUCAAACCGGCUCCGGUAGCAGCUUCUAAUGUCUCGGAUUGGGGUUCACCUAAUGGGAAGGUCGAGUGGGGGAUGCAAAGAGAGGAGAUGAACAAGAUGAGGAGAAGUGUAUCCUUUGGGAUUAAUGGGAAUAACAAUAACAAUGUGUCACAUCCUGUGAGGGACUAUAGUGAUGAGCCAGAUGUGUCGUGGGUGAACUCACUGGUGAAAGAUAGUGCACAGGAGGGAGCCUUCGGGUUGAAUGGUGCAGCAGUUAGAGAUGAGUUUAAGCUGCCGUUGUGGGCAGAGCAAAUGUACAUAGACCAUGAGAAGCGGCAGCCUGUGGCAUAAGAAGCAGACAGAAUCUAACAAAUCUUGGCAAUAAUUUUUUGAUUUGUGUUUGACAGCCAUAUAGCUAUCUAGCUACUAGUAUAUGUUUCCUUAUAUCCUCUUGUAUUUUUUUUAAAUGUCAUUCUCUUGUCUUUGUGACACUAUGUAAUGAUUGAAAGCAAAUAAUUGAUGAACGAGUUCAAAAAAGGAUCUUAGUAGCUUUGUAUAUGUUGCAAUGAGAUGAGUGAUAUAAGUAAUGCGUUAGGUGUUUUAAUGGUG